UUAAUAGUACUUUAUCCCCUGUAAUAUGAGCGUGUUUCGGUUUACCCUACCGUUGCCAAAGGCAGGUUUUGGCAACGGUUUUUUUGAAAAAAAUGUUGCCAAAAGGUAGGGAGGGGAAAAGCAAAAUUCGCUAAUAUUACAGGGGGUGAACUACUAUUAACCCAAAAAUAAAAUAAAAAUUCAAUCCCUUCACUAUAAAUGGUCCAUCGUAGUGAAUAGUGAUUGUGGAAAUCAUCUGGAGAUGGCAAAACUCUUUGUGAAUCAGGGAAAGGAAUAUGCAAAUGCAAGGCCAAGUUAUCCACCACAACUCUUUCAAUUUAUAGCUUCAAAAACUCCUUCUCACAAUCUUGUUUGGGAUGCCGCCACCGGAAGUGGCCAAGCCGCCAAAUCUUUAGCUACAUUGUACAAGAAUGUGAUAGCCACAGAUGUUAGUGAGAAACAGCUUGAAUUUGCAACCAAACUCCCUAAUGUGCAAUACCAACUCACCCCUUCCACAAUGUCAAUUCCAGAGGUUGAACAAAUUGUAGCACCACAAGGAACCAUAGACCUUGUCACUAUAGCUCAAGGACUUCAUUGGUUCAACCUCCCAAAUUUCUAUAAACAAGUCAAAUAUGUACUCAAAAAACCUCAUGGAGUCAUUGCUGCUUGGUGUUACCUUUUGCCAAUAAUUAAUGAUGAAGUGGACAUUUUAUUUGAUCAAUUAUAUUAUACCGAUUCAAAACAUUAUUGGGAUUCGGCGUGUAAAUUGGUUGAGGAGAAUUAUAGAAGCAUUGAUUUUCCUUUUGAGGUGGUGGACGGAGUUGAUCAUACGGGGCCGUUUGAGUUUGUGACGGAGACGUUGAUGAGCUUUGAUGGUUUGUUAACUUUGAUAAGAUCGUGGUCGGGUUAUCAGACAGCGAAGGAAAAAGGAGUGGAGCUUCUUCGGGAAGAUGUAGUUGAAGAAUUUAAGGUUGCUUGGGGGGAAGAUCGUGGCCCUAAAACUGCUAAGUUUCCAAUUUAUCUGAGAAUUGGAAAAGUUGGAAAUGUUUGAACAUGUCUUGAUAGUUACUUUCUAGUUCUUGAUUUGAAUGUGUAAUGAAUGUGCAACAUCAGGAUAACAGAAAGAUGCAAAAUUAUUUCUUUGUUAAGUUAGAAAUAAAAUGUUGUGAUUGUUUGGUGAUGUAAAUUUAAACCAAAUGUUAUCAAUCUUAUUUAACAUAUGUUACUGCUUCCACAAUAGGAAUUUUAAUUCUAA